AACGGAGAGUAGGAUACGGAUCGGGCAUGAGGAGGGGCCGGUCUUGUCUGGUCUGGUAUACGGCCAUGGGGUUCGGAGCACAUGUGUACGCUACACGCUGCUGCCGGACCCACUCCCUUAAAUUUAGAGCUCGUAUUUUUCUGAGGCCAGCUUUCUCGGUUUAGGAAAUUGGGUUUCUCUCUUGAAGGUGUGAGCACCGUGUGUCUCUUCUUAUGAGCCGCUGUUUCGCAGGGUGUGGGAAUUCUUUUCCCAGCGACGUCGCGUGGUGCGUGAGUUGGGGGAACCUGGUGUUGCGAGGGUGGGAACUGUUUGAAAUUUAUCUUCGAAUUGUGAUCGAGAGGAGGCAAUUGAAGUCGGGAUCAGAGAGACGUGGAUGGGACGGGGAUAGAGACCUGCGUCUGUUGCAACUGCUUCGGAUUCCUAGACAUAUGCUGUGUGCACUAUAGCAAGAAGCUCGGAGAUGGCCACACGAGAACCACCAUCACGAUUUGGUGGCUAUUGUGAGUUCAAGGUGGAUCCUGUCUCCACUGGGAACGGCGAGGCAACUUCCAGCAGCAACGAUGCGUUGCAUCUCGGACGGCAGCAGUCCUUGCUACUGCUGCUACCCUUGGAGUUGAGGAUUGAGAUUUUUUCACGGUUGGAUGCACACAGUGUUAUCAAAUUGCAAAGCGUUUGCAAAGAUCUUCGCGAUGUUUCACGCCAGCUUCGGUUAUUUCCAAUUGAGAGUCUAACUUCAUCAAAAGACGCAUCACACACUUUUGCUCCCGUGGCUUUCCUUGUUGCUAAAGGGGAGAAGUGGAUAUGGGCAGGUUACGAUCCGACGGCCAAGUUCUGGAAAUGGCUGCCAUCUUUCUCGGCUCUUCUCGUGGCAACCGAUCACCCUGACACGGUGCUGGCAGCAUCGGACGGACUGCUCUGCGCUUCCUCGGAAGGACUCAUCUGCGCUCUGGUAAGAGGGACGAUCUUCCCGGUGACGGUCUGCAAUCCUUUAACCAAAGAACAUAGGCGACUGCCGCCCUUGACGAAACCCCGGUGCCCCGACCUCCUCUAUAUUCUACGAGACACCAAAACACCCAACAGGUACAGGAUUAUCGCUUCGGGAGGGUACUCUUUGGUCGCGGGGGAGUACACCAUCAUCCGAAAAACCGAGUGUUACGACUCGGCCACGAAUUCUUGGACUGAGACGAGCAAUUCCCCCCAGGGGCUACGAUUGCAACGCUACCAAAAUGGCGUCUAUUCCAACGGAUUCCUCUACUGCUUGGCGCGUGGGCCGCAACUCGACAAUUUGUUACUGGCAUACCAUGUGGACAGCGGGACGUGGGUUAGGAACCUAAGCUGCGAGUUUCUCCGCAACUACGACGCAUGGGGCGGCCCGAUGAACGCCCAGUUUGUGACAUGCAAUACCGCUGUUUACUACUAUGAGGAAUUUCACAUCCAGGGAACUCGCCUUAAGGGCUUUACCAUCGACGAGCUCGCCACGAUCGAGGAGAUCCUCCCGACCGGCGUUCUCGCGACUCUGGACGCUUGGAACAACCCCGAGCCCAGCGCGGAGAGGGACAAAUUCUUCGAGGCUAUGCUGGGCGCGUCCCGCAAGCAAGGCAAGCUGCGGCGUUUGCUGGUGGAGCAUCGCCCGCUGUGCCAGUCGCGGGGCACGUGUGUGGCUCAAGGGCGCCACCAAGUCUGUGUCUAUUACCCAAAAGAAGCUAAGGGCAUGGUGUAUAGCUUUCACGACAAGAGCAACCCACACAAGGAGCGGCUCCCGGAGAUGAACCCCACAAGCCAGUACUUGAACGCCGACAUGAUGGAGCUCCCCGAAAGCCAUUUGCAGCCAUUGCCGUGCCCGUUUGAGCUCAGCUUCUCCGCUCUCGUGUGAUUCCCACAUCUCUCUCGCAAUCUCGUGAUCUCUUCUCACUUCUUUGCUCGUGUAUCAAAUCUCUUAGCUGCACCAUCUUCUUCCCCGACUCAUUGUUGUAAAUAAAUCUUAUCACACCCGUGGCUGAUCGAGAAUCCUUCUAGUUCGCGGAUGCCGAGAGCUUUCCUACAUAUCUCCAACGCUCCGUGAAAAAAAAAAAAAAAAAAAAAAAAAAAAAAAACAGUCCUGUAGAUGGUAUGUCUCUUAUCUUCUUGUUUGCCCAGUUAAACCUCGUAGCUCAAAAUCUGACUCCACAAAAGAGUAGUUCCAGAGUUGUUACUACCAUAUCUCUACCGACAAAUCAUCAUGUUAAGCAUGUAGAAUCUUUCUAUUUCA